CUUAUGACAAUCAUUCACUGCCGAGGAUCACGUCAGUGUCUCUCCUCAUAUUGUUUGCGAUGAUAAACUGUUUGAUUGCUAGUGAGGCAAACCCUCCCCCUCCUUCCUUGAAAUUGCAAAAUCACACGGAACUCUCCAAAUCAACACGCUCCCUUAUAAAUCUGCGAGCUGUCGCAGUCUAGCCGGAGAGAACAUCCGCACAAAAUGUCUGAGAUUCGUCAAACCCCCAUGAUCACUGCGCCAAAGAAGAUUCAAGGCAGGAGAAAGCCUUGGACACAACGUCAUCAACAAAAGCGGGCUGCUGAUUUGAUAACAAGAGAGCCCCAGGGCGCGGCAGAGUUAGAGAGCGUCGCAGGAUCCGAAGCCCAAAUCACCUUCAACAUGCCGCCUCAAGCCUCAGAGAUUACUCAGCGCAGAGCGAGUGUCCAGAUACUCACCCCUCCUACUAUUUCCGUCGAAUGGUCCUCAACCCAGAGUUGCCCACCCCCUGAGGUCGGCAAUGUCCAAGUCACAGCUGGCCCAGAGCCCGCGACACCUGAGAACACCAAAGCCGCAUCCCAGCACAACAAUCCGACUCAAGAAACUGUAAAGACCACUUCGCAGACCACACCAAGAACCACUUUCGAUCGCGAUCCCACAGUCCCUAGUCGUACAGCAACAACUUCUGUAAGCACCGUUUCCAGCACAAGCCAACACCAAAUCUUCACCACGCUUGCCGACCAUCACUUCUUCGUUCCACCAAACGCUUCUCUCAAUACCUCCUCGCUCAUCCUGUUCAAACACAACACUCCAUCUCUCGAACGUUUCCGCCUCCUUCACAACCAGUUGUUCAUCGAGCUAGGCCGCGUGGUUGAAGAGCAGCUACAACCUUCAUUGAACCCGAAGACCAACGCCGAAGCAUACAGUCAAAGAGAGGAGAUCAUGCUGGGACUGCUCAUCGACGUAGUGCCAGCCUUGAACCACCUCACCGAGACUAUUGGAAAGGAGGUCAAAUCGGGCAUUCAAAAGCACAGAGCAGGAUUGAGAUUAUGGGUUGGAGAGAAAGAGAGAAGCCCCAAGUGAUCGGGGUUGCUAUUCCUUCGAGUGUCGAUUGUAGUCAGAUGUCAUCUCGACCCUUUCAUGAGCCGAGUGCAUACCUUGACGAGUACUGACAGGCAGGAGACGCCAAGUUGAUGCGCGCUGCAAGACACUUUGCAGAGGAUUCCAGCGCUUUGUCUGGAGAGUCCGAACCAGAGGUAGAUAAUGUGCUCACAGCCAACCCUCCAUAUAUCGGACUUGGUUGUGUAUGGCGAGCAGGCUU